AUGCUCAACAUUAUCUACUUACUGGCUCUGUCAGCCAUCUGUACUGCUCAAGAGAAAACUACUACCCCGGCAUGGCAAGUAGUAGCAGAGGAAAGGGAUCCAAGCUACUGGCAGAAAGAAGCUGAGCAAUUUAUCAAAGAUGCCUGCAAACGCCAUCCAAUUUUGAAGUCAGAACCAAGGGCCAAGAAUGUCAUCCUCUUCCUCGGUGACGGUAUGGGCAUUCCUACUGUUGCCGCUUCUCGCUUCUACCUUGCGGACAGAGCUGGGAAAAAUGGUUCCGCGCUAAAGCAUCCCUUUGAGAGUUGGCCCUACAGCACAGUCGCCAGGACCUACGAUCUCGAGACUGUUGUCACAGAUUCGGCAAGUUCAGCCAACGCCUAUCUCACAGGUUCAAAGACCAGAACUGGCAUGAUUGGUAUCACCGGCCAUGUAGGCUACAAGCAAUGCGGUAACUGGCCUAAAGAUCAGUAUACUGAAUCGGUACUUGACGCGGCCGCUAAGCUGGGCAAGCGUACUGGCGUACUGACAACGACGCGCAUCACUCACGCUUCACCGGCUGGUUGCUAUGGCCAUGUCACUUUUCGAAACCUCGAAGGCGACAAAGACAUCGAAAAACUUUGCGGAGAGCAGUGGAAAAAUAUGAAGUGCCAAGACCUGUCCUGCCAGCUGGCACGGGAAAACGCUGAUAUAAACGUCCUCAUCGGUGGCGGAGCAAAGAACUUCUAUCCGAAGGACCAGCUGAUUCCCAACCAACGCGGAGAAAAAGGAACGCGUCUGGACGGGGCAAAUCUAGUUGACGAGUGGGUCCAACAUCAGAGAAAAGAAAAACGCAAUUAUGCGAAUAUCACUUCACCGCAAGACUUUAACGUUGCCGAGUUGAAGGACGUUGACUACCUGCUAUGCCUGCCCUAUCCCGACCACAUGCUGUAUUCGGACGAGAAGAGUGCGGACGAGCCCAGUCUGAUGCGUUACACCCAAGCUGCCAUAAAGAUUCUUCAGAAGGGCGAGAAAGGCUUUUUUCUGUUUGUCGAGGGCGGCAGAAUUGACCAUGCGCAUCAUAGGAACGAGGGUCGACACUCAAUGGAUGAGAUGCUUGAGUUUGAUAAGGCAAUUCAAGCUGCCAUGGAAAUGGUCAACAUGAAUGAAACACUCAUUAUUGUGACGGCCGACCAUUCACACUCAUUCGGAUUGUUUGGAAACCCAAGUCGUUAUCACAGCGUCCUCGACCUUGACAAUGGCUACAGUUCGAAGACGCUGGACAAAAAGCCCAUGACUGCAAUAGGAUACAUGACCGGACCCGAAGCCCCAAAGGGUGAACCCAGAAGUGAUCCAUCAACGGGCGAUUAUUUUGAUUGGAAGUACAGACAACAGGCAGUGGUGCCUCUAGUUAUUGCAACUCACGCCGGCGACGACGUUGGCGUCUAUGCAACGGGUCCCUGGUCGCGCCUUUUCACCAAGACGGUCGAUAACACAUUUAUUGCCCAAGCCAUGAAGUACGCAAUGGGAGCGCCGCCGUUUGACAACUCAGAACCCUGUGAAGGAAGAACCAAGAAUUAG